AUGGCUGACGAGUAUGCAGACUUGAAGCAGAUGUUGCAGCGGCAGCUGAAGCUGAUGCAGGCGCUGACCGUCAAGCUAUCCAAUUCAUCUAUGAGCCAAUCAAGCGCGGCUGGUGGUUCACAAUCUGUUGAUCACAUUGCCGGUAGCAUCACCGAAUUCUUGUAUGACCCGCAGGCCCAUAUCACCUUUGAGUCCUGGUACAAGCGAUACGAGGACUUGUUCUCUGUCGAUCUGGCUGCCCAGGACGAUGCAUGGAAGGUCCGACUUCUACUUUGCAAACUGGGUCCGGCUGAAAACGAGCGUUAUGCAAACUUCAUCCUUCCCAACAAUCCCCGGGAAGUCGCUUUCAAGGACACGGUUCAGACGUUGUCGCAGAUUUUUGGUGAGCAAUCAUCCCUCUUCAACACUCGAUUUCAGUGCUUGCAACUGUGCAAACGAGAUUCCAAUGAUUUCAUCACGUACGCGGGCAUUGUUAAUCGUGAGUGUGGGCGUUUCCAACUCGGUUCUCUCACUGAAGACCAGUUUAAAUGCCUUAUAUUUAUCUGCGGCCUCCAGUCCCCCAAGGAUGCUGAUAUCCGGACACGUCUCCUGUCCAAAGUGCAGCAGAACAACUCUACCACACUCCAAGAGCUGGCAGCAGAGUGCCAAACGCUGAUCAAUCUCAAGCACGACUCUGCAAUGAUUCAGAACCCGGCCUCAUCUUUCUCAGUCCAUACGGUCACAUCGACCAAAUCGCAUCCUGUUACACGGCCCAAGCAAAUGUCCAAGUCGAGAUCUCCGCCAUCUCCUUGUCGGCACUGUGGCGCGUGGCAUUUCCACCGGGAUUGCACUUUCCGCCAGCAUCGCUGCCAAAGCUGUAAUCAGGUGGGACACCGUGAUGGGUUCUGCAAAUCAGUACCAGCUUCUGGAGGCAAGCCAGCCCCCGCCACUCCUAAUUCCAGGCACCGUUUCCGGUCAAAACGCAAGCCCAAACCCCAGUCCGUGGGUAAUUCUCUCAGUCUUUUGGGCGCUUUCCAGCUCAAUGCGUCUGGCCGUAGAAAAUUUGUUGAUGUCUUGCUCAAUGGCCAUGCAGUUCGUCUACAGCUGGACACUGCCUCAGAUAUCACCAUCAUCUCUGAGAGACUCUGGCAGUCCCUUGGCAGCCCAACGAUGCAGCAGACUUCUCAGUCCGCCACAAGCGCGUGCGGUGGUCUCGUACAGCUAAUUGGGCAGCUGCAAUGCUGUGUGUCGUUCCGCGGUACCAGCAUCACUGCGAUCUGCUACAUCACCAAGUCUGAUCUAAACCUACUUGGUCUCGACUGGAUUGAACAACUUGGGUUGGCCGAUAUGCCGCUCCGCAUUGUUUGCAGUCAGGUGCAGAUUCCCGCUGUGCUUGCAGACCAAGCCAAGGACAUUCUCCAACGGUUUGCUCCAGUGUUCCAAGACGGCCUGGGUCGUUGCACAUACACUCAAGCCGUGCUACAUCUGUCUCCUGGAAGUCAACCAGUCUUCCGUCCAAAGCGACCAGUCCCAUAUGCAGCACUACCACUUGUCGAGGCUGAACUGAAACGUCUAGAGGAACUGGGAGUUCUGGUUCCUGUAUCCUACUACGCCUGGGCCUCUCCAAUCGUUGUGGUUAAGAAGCCCAAUGGCUCGGUCCGCAUUUGUGCUGACUUCUCCACCGGUCUCAAUGCCGCGCUGACGCCGAACUGCUAUCCAUUACCGGUUCCGCCAGAUCUUUUCACCCUGCUGAAUGGUGGCACUUGCUUUGCCAAGUUGGAUCUCGCUGAUGCGUAUCUGCAGAUCGAGGUCGCCCCAGAGUCGCGCGAAUUGUUGACCAUCAAUACCCACCGCGGUCUGUUCCAAUACACCAGGCUGCCCUUUGGUGUCAAGACCGCCCCGGCCCUAUUUCAACAAACGAUGAACGCAAUGCUCUCCGGCAUCCCUGGCACAGCUGGGUACCUGGACGACAUCAUCAUCGUGGGUCGCUCCCCUGCCGAGCUGCAAGACCGAGUGUGCGCAGUACUCGAACGCGUGCAGGAGUAUGGCUUUCGCCUAUGGGCCGACAAGUGCCAGUUCUUCCUCGACUCCAUCAAGUACCUUGGAUUCGUUUUUGACGCCAAUGGUCGCCAUCCAGAUCCUGAAAACAUUCGGGCCAUCCAACGGAUGCCUGCCACCAAGAAUGUAUCGCAACGUCGUUCGUUCCUUGGCCUGAUCAGCUACUAUAGCGCCUUCCUACCAUCGCUGCAUGACGUACGGGCCCCGCUCAACCGUCUGUUGCAGAAGGAUGCUCCCUGGUGCUGGUCCCCCGACUGUGAAAAGGCCUUCGCCCAGCUAAAGUCGAUGCUGAGUUCAGAUCUGCUGCUCACGCACUACGACCCGACGCUGCUGAUCGUUGUUGCUGCAGAUGCUUCCAACCACGGAGUUGGUGCCGUCAUCUCACAUACUUUUCCUUAUGGGUCUGAAAAGGCGAUCAUGCAUGCAUCUCGCACGCUAACCCCUGCGGAGAAGAACUAUGGGCAAAUAGAGAAAGAGGCUCUAGCCCUCGUGUUUGCCGUCAAGAAAUUUCACAAACUGUUGUACGGUCGCCACUUCACGUUGUUGACGGAUCACAAACCAUUGCUGUCAAUCUUCGGUUCGAAGAAGGGCAUUCCCGUCUACUCAGCCAGCCGACUUCAGCGAUGGGCAACCAUCCUUCUUGGCUACGAUUUCGACAUUCGCUACUGUCGUACUACAGACUUUGGUCAGGCCGACGCCCUUUCUCGCCUCAUCAGCAAUCAGCAGGAACCGGAGGAAGAUACCGUGAUUGCAGCUAUUUCGAUUGAGGACGAUGUGCGCCGUCAGCUAUCAGACGCCAUACGAGGUAUCCCCAUCACUGCCGCGGACAUCCGACGUGCUACUGAACAGGAUCCUGUCUUCCGUCAGGCCAUCACCUACGUGCAGACCUGCUGGCCAGCCACUGCUCUAACUGGCGAUCUUCGCCAGCUCUUCCUCCGCCGAGCAUCGCUAUCUGUGGUUGACUCCUGCCUCAUGUUUGCAGACCGUGUGGUGAUCCCAUCUUCCCUCCGACCCACUGUACUACGCCAGUUCCAUGCGGCUCAUCCUGGUACCAGCCGAAUGAAGUCUAUUGCCCACUGUACUACGCCAGUUCCAUGCGGCUCAUCCUGGUACCAGCCGAAUGAAGUCUAUUGCUCGCAGUUUUGCCUACUGGCCGGGUAUCGACGGCGACAUCGACGACCUGGUUCGACGCUGUUCUCGAUGUCAGCAAGCUGCCAAGAUGCCGCCUCGUCAACCGCCAGUACCCUGGGAACCACCAGAGAGGCCUUGGUCACGCGUGCACAUCGACUUCGCUGGCCCACUUAACGGAGUCUCCUACCUAAUCUUGGUUGACGCCUACUCGAAAUGGCCCGAGAUUGCUCCGCUGAAUCCAGCAACCGCAUCUUCCACUAUCGCCUUCCUACGAAGCAUCUUUAGCCAACAUGGCUUACCAGAAGUCCUGGUUUCAGAUAAUGGCUCUCAGGUUACUUCGUCGUCGUUUGAGGAUUUCUGCCGCCAGCACAACAUCCAGCACCUUCGCUCCCCGCCCAACCAUCCUCAGUCUAACGGUCAGGCGGAGCGUUUUGUCGACACGUUUAAGAGAGCCCUCAUGAAAGCUCGUGGGGAGGGGACCACGGACGAGAUAGUCCAGGCAUUCCUGUUUUCCUACAGGACAACACCGAACCCGGCGUCCCCUGGUGGCGUUUCUCCUGCCGAAGCGUUGAUGGGCCGAAAACUGCGUACAACGUUUCAUGCCCUCGUCCCUACCGGUGGCGUCCCCUGGUGGCGUUUCUCCUGCCGAAGCGUUGAUGGGCCGAAAACUGCGUACAACGUUUCAUGCCCUCGUCCCUACCGGUGCGCAGCCCGCGCAGACUUCUCCAGUUUCUCGCAGCAAGCUCUCCAUCGGAACACCUGUCUUCGUUCGUGA